GAAUCUUGUCGUUUAUCUCCAGGAGCUCCUGAUUCUUCUCCUUCUCCUGUUUCAGCUCCUCUCUCAGGAGGUCCGUGGCCUCGGUCAGUCCUCGUUUCUCCUCCUCUCUCUGGGUGUUGGACUCUCUCAGAUGUUGGAUGGUUUGGCUCAUGUUCAGCUCCUUUUCCUCCUGAUCGGCUGUGAUCUGAAGCAGCCGCUCCAGCUCUUGUGAAAGCUGUAAGUUUGUGGAAGUCAGAUUCAGGAUUUGCUCUGUUAGCUCAGAUCUUUCCAAACUCAGAGUGAGAGUAACAGAGUGCAGUUUGGCUGAAGUCCUGUUGAGGAUCUUGUUCUGCUCCUUUAGAGCCUCGUUGUCUCGUCUCAGUUCAGUGUUUGCUUUAGAGAGCGUGUGCUGACUGUCGCUGAUGUUCUGGAGUUCAAGGAUGAAGCUUUUCCUCUCUGGUUUACCGUCUGAUCCUCUGUUAUCUGAAAGAGAAGGACACAGAAAGGAGACUUCAGAAUGAGUUCAAACUUUAGAUUUUGUAAAAGGUGAUUAUUUUUGUCCGUCUGAGGCUGAGAUGAGAUGAUCAGUAUCAACGUCUGGAUGUGGUUUCAUGAUGUUCAAUCACAAACUGCUCCUUCCUUUUAAACGAUGAUACUUCAGUCCAGUCACUCCAGUCCAGCAGGUGGCAGUAUUGCACCCCAAACAUGGUUUUAAUGCUGCUUGAAAUACUCUAAAGUCAGAGGAUACUCCUUUUAUAAUGCAAAAAAAAAGUUCUCACAGAGAGGAGCUGAAACAUGUAGAGCUCCCCCUGCUGGCUGCUUACAGAUCUCUCCUCCAUAUAAUAAAAGUUUAUCAGCAGUGUUUAUACUGGACUCUCCCAGUGUUCCCAGUCCUGGGUUAUAGUGAGCCACAGAGGUCUUAUUUCAUUUUAGAUCUUAAAUUUGCAGAUAUAUCACCUCUUAUGACCCGAGAAUCUACUCACACAGGACAGAAAGAGCCACACAGACCACGAAGAGCAGCAAACAGAGCGCCGACAGAGCGAGGGUCUGACAGAGGCGAUGACAGGCGGUUUUAUUUCUGAGGCAGGAUGAAGCUGAAAGAACAAAGAAGAAUAAAAAUAAAAUUUUUAGUCAGAAACUGGAGCUUUUUAAAAUUUUAAAGCUCCUAUACGUAAGGGUUUUUUAAUGUUAAAAAAACAUUCUAAAAUUAAUACAGAAAAAACAAGAAUAUGAAUCAUUAUUAGUAAAAGUCAGAGUGUGAAUUAACAUGAUAUAGAAGUAAAUAUAUGAUGAAGUGAUAAAAACUGAAUGUAAGACUCACACUUCUCCUGCUCCUGCUUGACUGAAGUCACAGAGUACGACCCGGAGGUGUGAGUAUUAAUCCAGGGGAUGCAGUGAUAACCCACCAUUUUACCUGCACAGACAGACACACAGACAGACACACAGAUGUCAAAUCAUGAUCCGGUGAUUUGAGAUUACCCUUUUCUCUGUAAUCUGCUCAAAAAUCUUCAGAUUCGUGUCUGAAUCGAGUCUUAAUCUGUCAGAGACUCGGGUCCUCGACAGAUUAAAGUUUACCAGCAGAGAGUUUCUGUGUUUUUUCUGAUCAGGAUCAUCAACGAUAACCGAACAUGUCUCUACAUAUCUACAGAUGAUAAAUAUCUACAACAUAAACAAGUUUACUUCAGUGCAAAGUCAUGUAAGGUUACAAAACUUUUCACUCCACAUUCUUCAGCGCUAAAAAAGUGCUGAUCUCACAUCAUUAAUCUUUAGAGCACUCGAAAUCAGAUAUCUUUUUUAAUUGUUAUUUACAGUAUAAUAAUAUCAAUAAAGGGUUGGAGUGUAAUCUGAGCUCCUCUACUUUACAAAAAAGUAAAAAUCUUCCUGCAGAGCGUUAUUUUAGCAGCACAAACUGAUAUCAAACAAACUCACCUCAGUCUGUGUUUGUUAACUGUGUGGAUCCUGGUAGUUCGUCCUGUAGAGGUCCAGAGGUGACUGACCUCCGUGUGUAAACCCACCGCUCAUUUAAAGCCCCUCACCCCCUUUAAAAGACUUUACACCUCACAGGAGGAGAAACUCUAAUAACAGACGCUUUUAUCCGAGGACACCUUAUCUCUCACCUGACAAUGGGGCCUAAAGAGACCUCUGUUAGCCUCUGUUGUCCAGAAUCACCAUGUGGUAACGGUCUCUAAGUAUCCAGCAGUUUGUCUUUUUUACAAUAUGGAUGAAAGUAAAUGGACACUUUCUCUGGUUCCUUCGUUACAAUACAAUAAUCAGGAUGAGACAGCUGUCAGGGCGAUGGUUGGAAUAUAUGUCCCCUCAAAAAUAUCUCUGGGUUUUGGGUGUUUUGGUACAUUUGUCAUUUUUAAUCGUCCGGGUGUUCCUCGUUUUUAUUCUCGCACAAAGUAAGUUUGUGAGCUGCAACAGUCCAACAGGGGGAGCAACAACAACAACAACAACAACAGUAAUAAUAAUAAUAAUACAAAAGGCAAUAACCUCUCUCUCUCAUGCUCUAAUGUAAAAUCACAGUAAUAGUCAGACAUUUCUGCACACUGAACAGAGUCUGUCAUAUUUCUCUCUUUGUUGUUUUUGUGCUCAUAUCAUCCUGUAGCUUCCUGCACAAAUGCACAGAUCCCUGUGUGUUUACAUAUUCUGUUCAGGUCCUGUUUAUACAGCUCUGUACUCAUCUGUAUAUGUCUACAGCUGCUUUACUUUUCUAUAUUUCUGUUUUUGUCAUCCUGAGUUUAUCGACCCGGCUCCAACACGAGUCCAAACUUCCCAGACGAUGACCCUGAUUCUGAUUUCACGUGAAACUGAAACUCCUCACUCUCAGUUUAUGAUUUAUUUUACUGCUACAUCUUCAUCCAAAUCACAGGAGAAGAUAAAACCACAUGUUUCCACCUGGCUGUGACCAGACAGUACUGUCAACACCAAACCUCUUAUUCAGGAUGUCAAACAGGAUAUGAAUGAACUUCACAGGAAACUCUGACUCUGAAUGGUUUGUUGGAUGAGCUCUCGUGAGAGUGUUAAGAUCAGGAAUGGACUAAUUAGUCACUUUUGAGAGGUUAUUAAACACCAGUGAGGCUAAAUCUUGAAGUUAGGGCAUUAAUCGAUAAAAAUGUAAGAUCUAUCGCUGACUUUGAGGGCGUAAAAUCAGACACAAUAACACACCUGAGCCCUGGAGAGUAUCUGAGGACACCUGAAGGUUUUAAAGCUGAAUGAAACUCCCAGAAAACUCAGAUUAUUAUGAUGCUAAUACAGAGAACAGCGACGUUGCACGUGUAGAUAUAUUUUGCAGGUUACAUGAUGUGCACUCUGAAAUUUAGACACCCCCUGGUCUGAAAACUGUUUGAUUUGAAGACGUAGGAACAUGCUGCAAACCAGCAGGACACUGAGUGAGAAGAGGGGCUGAGAGAUAAGAGAGACAAUGCUCUUUCUGUGCUCGGAGAAUCAACAAACAUGUGAGAGCGAUACGUGCGAGAAAGGAAAGGAAACUGUUUGUUUUAACAGCCUGUGAAACUGGCAUUGUUUCAGUGGAUCCUCGUGACUCUUUACUUCAGUCUAAAUCCUUAUAACAGGACUCUAAAGUUAUCCUUAAAAAACCUUUAUAUCAUCCCACUAAAGCAGGUUUUCUCUGUCUGUAAGAGCUGAUGGAGAGUGUGACCGAGGGUGGAGAAGGAAACAGUCAUUCUGGUUGAUGCUAAUAACCCGUUUGUGUAUCCGUGUGUGUUCACAGCUCGUUCCAGUGCAUACAGAGGACCGUCAGAGAUGGUGUUAGUGAGUCUCUUUGCUAAUGAUUCAUCUCCUUCUUAUCUGCAGAGGCCUUUACGACCCAUCAGGAACCAACAGCAUCACAGAGUCUUUAUCACGUCAAAUCAGCCCAGGUGAGAUCUGGACCUGUGAGGACUCUCUGUGUCAGAGUCUCUUAUCCUGAAACAAAGCCUCAUCCUGCAAAGUUUGCACAGACGUUAACAAACCCAAACAGAGCGAACAGGAACCAGAGCUGCCAUCUCUGUUAGAAAUGUAACACCUCCUCAUUUCAGGAGCAAAGACUUCAUGAUGCUGAAUUUCUUUUCACUCCUGUGUGCAGAAGUUUGCUGCUUUAGGUCAGUGCGGACAGUUUACUGUGUAUUUUUGUCUGUAUUAAAGCUGACCUCUCAUGGUCCCAACUGAGCAACGAUAGUCUGGUACUUUUAGUACUUUUACUAUUUUUAGGCAGAAACUGGAAAUUUUAAAGCUCCUAUAAGGUUUUUUUUUUUAUGUUAAAUAAACAUGCUAAAAUUAAUACAGAUUCCUCUAUAUGACCUUUUAUGAGCAAAUUAUACUACUUUUAUUUAUCUAUAGUUAUUUAUUAAGCCUGAAAAUGCAGCUAUGGAGUCACAUGAGUUUGUAACAGUCGGUCUAAACUUCUGCAGUACCAAAUAGUGCCACAGGGUGGCGCCACCUCGGGGGAUCAGCUAUUUGCACCCACAGUUAACCUUGUUAGACCAGCAUUAUUUCUACUCACUACAAGGUUAAUUCCUCAAAAAUGUUGGAUUUACACUUUUACCAGUUUAUUUUUUUCCUGUUAUCAUUCCUUCAAACUUUUUAUCCUCUUUUGUUUCUGUGUUUUCCAAACCUCGUGGGAAUACCAAUGAGUUUCCUCUGGGUAGAAAAAUUGACUUUAUGAAUCAAUUACUAAAAGAGCUAGCCUGACUUUUCCCUGAUCUCAGGUCUUGGUGACAAAAUAAAAAAGUUAAAUCUUCAUUGUAGGGCAUAGGCUUUUUUUUUGGAUAACAAAUUUCAACUUUUGCGCAAAUCAGCUUUAGAUUAUUGUAAUUGCUAAUCAGUGUCAAUCCUGAUAUGAGUCAGAAAUUAUAAUUCUAACCAAUAAUAAUAAUAAUAAUAUAUAUUUUUUCCUCUUGGGGACAGACUUGACAAAGCUUGAAUUUUUACUUUUAAGAAAUCUGCAUCAUGAUGCUGUUUUAUGGAAAACCUUUAACCUUUUAAUGCCUGAAACCAAAAAUUAUGGCCAAAAAAUUCAAUUUUUUUGCAGCUGAAAUGUCCUAAAAACUUUUACAAAUAUAUUUAUCUCGUUUGAUACAUCAGAUGUUUUUGGAAUCUGAUAAACCACAAGAGGACAUUUUAAUCAUUUAUCGGACUGUGUUUUUUUAGUCAUUUGUUGAUCAUAUUGAUUGAUAGAGGUAUUAUAAAAGUAUGUAUCAAAUAUGAUACAAAAGGCAAUAAAGGGCUACCUCCAAAAGAAAAUCUUUUUUUUACUUCUUAAGUUCAAACCCCUGAAAUAAACCAGAGUGAAGCCUCUGUAUGACUGCCAAUUUACAGUAAAGACUAACAGGAACAUAGAUCUCUGCAGCAUGUGACUUUUAUGGACUGACCUGAUGGAGGUCUAAUUUUUCCAAGUCUUCAUUAGGAACAAACAAACACAUUUCCCCAAGUUUGAAACCUUUAAUAUAGAAUAAAUGAAACAUAUAUAAAAACACAUAAAAAGAGAUAAACAUUUAUAUUUUUCACACUAGUUUAGGUUGCUGUCCGCAUAACUUACCAACCGUUCAAACCAGACUUACUUUAAAAAUGUAUCUCUAAACCUAAGCAGCGUAUCUUCAUAUAAAACAUGUUUUCUCAGGUGUCAUUCCUGGACUUUACUUUUCCACACCACCAGGUAAACCAGCACAGGGAUGAGGCUGACAGGGAUGACGGUGAGGGCGAUCACCAGACCCUGAGGAGCAUCCACCAGGAGCUCCUCGUUGGAACAGUUGUGGAAGUAGAAGGAGUGGAUUUCAAGGAAGAAGUCCUGAAUGUUGGAGUUUGGGUAAUAACAGUUGACCAAAUUAGACAGCUUCUCCAGGCACAAUGUCAUUUCGUGGUACGGCCUGCAACAGCGAUACAGAAAGAGAAAGCCUUGUAUUAAUUAUGAUAACAGUUAGGGGACAACUUAAUUUUUUACAGCAUUUUAUGACUUUUCAAAAGCAGAAAAUCCCAAAGUUAUCAGCCAACUAUUAUGAAUUAAAAAUAUUUAACAUCUAGACUACACCGAACUUUCUAUGUCAAUGUUAAUAAUGUAUCGACCGAGUCAGAGUAAUUGAUUAGAAAUAGAGAAAAUGAUUAAAAGUUUCAGUAAUCACAAAACAUAUAUAUGUUGAUACUCCAACUAAACUUAACUACUUUGGUGAUUAAUAUUACUCUGAUAACGCUGAAAAUUUACACCCAAUUUUUAAAAAUAGUAAUGUUUAUAUUGUCCCUGUUUGCAAAUAGAGAGAAAGGUUGGUUUUUACAGGAAGAUACUUUUCUGUAUUUGUGAAUCAAAGGGGCAUAAAAUGAAUUUUCUAUAUAUAUAUAUAUAUAUAUAUAUAUAUAUAUAUAUAUAUAUAUAUAUAUAAUUUUUAUUAAAUUUAAUAUUAUUAUAAUCACCAACACUUUGCCGGCUAUUGGUUGUUGAAGCCAUUUAAUGAUGCUGAAAUUAGUGAAACAGCGCCCCCCUAAAUUCAACUCCUUGUAUGAGUGGUCAAACAUGGGUACUGCACUCUAAGACGGUUAUGGCAGGUAACCGGGAGGAGGAAAGUUAACUUUCAGAAGAUAACAAACGUGUGUCAGUCGUUUUUGCGACGUUGUGACGCUGUUAUUCGACAGAAGCAGAUUCUUUAAAGCUAAAUUGAAAUUUGAGUCUUACUUUUUUCCACUUAGAAAUUAAUUAAACAAAGGAAGUAGUAAGUUUGUUGAUAACCAGCUAGCAUGUCGAAGUGGAUGACAACGGCGGCUAGCUAAUGUUGACUAGCUUGCGGAGGAAGAAGGAGGAAUUUCCAUAAACUAAUGCUGGAUUUUGACGAUUUGGCCUACAAGACAAAGUCAGAAAAUGCACUCCUGCAUUUCUACGUCAAACAACGUGAGUAAAAUAUAAUCUUUUGUCUCCUGUUUUCUUCUGGCUGGUUUUGGCACAGGUGGUUUGACAAAUUGUGCUACCGAACAUAGCGGUUCUCAACUUAUCUGCGCAUGCGCAUGCCAACGGCUCUCUCUCUGGCAGCGUCUACAUAUAAUGUUUGUUCAUUUUCAGUCAGUCCCUCCAUUAUUGUUUAUUGAAAAUGUCAAUAAUAAGCUACCAGGGCUCCACAGUGUGACUAAAAAUAGAUGUGUGCGAAUUGUAAAAUGUACUUAGGGUCACAUGUGCGCUAAAAAAAAAAAAUCAGUCAAGGCCACAAAUGUUUUUUCCCGUAAAUACCGCGGCGAGGUUAGUUUUAGGUUGGAUAUUCGACGGACAUUUGCUGUGGAUCUACCGGUGUCUCCUCACUCUCCAUAACCGGGAAUAACAACAGCAGCGCGGUUAAAUCUACUCGACACCCUCACUGUCAACGUCGGGUGUUAAAUAAGGGACCGUCAAUAAAUUACCGGUUGAUGUAUUCAGAAAAGGCUGUUAUCUUCAAUAGCUUCCAUGUCAUGUGACCAAAAGACCUAAAAUUGAUUUCAGAUAAUAGUACUUAAUCAACUAAAAAGACACACAUUAUUUGAUCAAUUUUCAUUGUGUCCCUAAAGUUCUGUGGGCUCCUGACUUUUUCAACGUAGGCGCUCAUGUGAAAAAAGUUAGUGUCAAGCCCUGACUACUUAGUCAUCCCAAUUAUCCUGGCCUGUCGGUCUUUUGCCGCUCCUCACCUGAUUAUUUUCUCGAGAUCACACCAGUUUUCUGCGCUGAUUGACUUCAUUUCCUGGUGAAAAGGGUCACCACAGUACAUGUGGCCGAGGUCUACCAGCAUGUCCUGUUGGCAGUGUUUGCCUGGAAACAUAAUCUCCUGGUCUUGAAAGUCCUCUGCAGAGUCAGGAGAAAAAAAAUCAUUAAUACACAAAAAUACAGAAACAUGCAAGUAUAUAAGUGCAACAAGGGCAUUUUAUUGUAACUCUACAGUAUAUGGUAAGCAUGCAAAGCUCAUUGGCUCCCUGUGAUACCCUACAUCAGAAUAUUUGAAUUUUCAAAUAUUUAAAUUCUAAUUUGAAGCUGAUAGUACCUGUGUCUUUAGCUUAAUGUAAACCUGCUCAAUAAUGGCAAAGCCGCUUGUUUGUAUGGAGACCUCUGGGCGAGUCCAGUAUGAACUACAGCGGGGUGACGCAGCUCAAGGAAGAACAUUUACGUUCAUUUCUUCAUGGAAAUGCAAUCAGACCGAGACGCUAAGGCAGAAGAACCACUGCGUCUGCAGUAAAAAAUGAUUAAUAUGGUGAUUAUUACUUCAAGGAAAUGAUAAAGAAAUGAUCAUAAAUGUUCUUCCUUGAGCUGAGGCACCCCGCUGUAGUCCGUAAUGGACUGGCCUGAGGUCUCUGUACAAACAAGCGGCUGCUGGGAGAGAGUAGGUGAGUUGUGUUUAGUCUCUUUGCUAAAGAAAUGAGUCAAAGUUAAAAAGAUGUUUGGCCCUUUAUAUCCUGUUGAUGAAGUUAGGUGCUGUUCCAAGCAUUAUUUGUGGCUAUAGAGUGGCGUUUUGGUUGAGCGUGUGGCACUCUGUAUUGCUAUCCUGCGGUCGUUACUAAAGUUGGUAUAACUAGAGAAGCAAGCGGUCGACAACAUUCAUCUCUCGCCGGGGUAUCUAACUUGGUGUUACGUUGUGUUUGACUUUAAAGUAAUUUUACGCUGCAAUAUCCCUUUAAGCCUCUCUUGUUGUACUCAUUCUGUCCCUCGGCUUUUCAGACACACUUAUACACCUGCUCCUCUCCCUGCUCUCAUCCUCCUCCUGCUCCUCUCCCUGCUCUCCUCUCUCCAUCAUUAAUCUCAGCAGGAGCUCUGUUUGCCUCACUUUGACCUGAGUUGCUCGAGGGGAGGGGCCACACUCAAGCUCUGCCUUAAAGGAAGAGAGGAAGGGUGCGCUUCAUUUAAAGUAGAGGAUGUAGUCGGGGUAACACAAUAGUCGGCACAAUAACAGUCUUGAUUAUUAAUCGUAUAUGAUUGUUUGAAGCCAUAUUAACAAUUGAAAAUUAACAGCCCAGCUCACUCAGCCUGAUUUAUGUGGGAGUGAGAUUUGAUUUGAAGGCCGAGAACAGAGCUCAGAAUAGAACAAUUGUUUUAUUCAAAUGUCUCAUUGUGUUUCAAAGCUUUUGUUUGAAUACCUGUUUUUGUCAUUAUGCAAUACCUAUAAUCACAGUAAUGUUUUUUUCAUUGUCAUGCAGACCCACUUACUGUAAACAGCUAAAGAAUUCCAGGAAAUAUAGACGUGAUAAAAGCGAAAGUUUCCUCUCAAAUACUCACCGUCCUCCUCAGUGAUCACAGCAGUGGUCUGGUUGUUCUGCAGUUCUUCCUCAAUACGGUGAAGCUCAUCUUUGUACGAAGUAGUGGUGAGAUUUCCAGGCUUUAGUGUACCUGGAGACGCAUUUUUAAUGAUCAUUCAAGCGGAUAUAUUCAACAUAAGUUCAUAGUUUAAAAUCUUAAAAAGGUCGAAUGGAGCUAAAGCUUCAGUGAGUAUUUUUCUGCAAAAACGGGAAAUUGUUUGAUACUUAAAACCUCCCAGAAAUUACAGUUUUGUUUUUCUCAUUUUUGGUAAAGUAAGUUGUGCUCUAAAUUAAUUGGCACAUUGAUAUAAAAUGGCAUUUAAAUCAUUUAUGAAUCACAAAAUGCUCCAAAAUUGACAGCUUACAGCCUCAGUUUCAAACGUGAAAUUUUCUGUUUCUUCACUUUGAGUUAGUUUAUAAUUAUUUAAAAGAUGUUUCUAAGCCUUUUAAGGAUCAGAUAUUUUCUAAACUAAGGACUUAAUUAAUGUAAACGACUCUCUGAUAACUCAGACGUUUCAGAGUAGAUGUUGUAAAAGUGAAUUAUCUUACUGUAGUCUGCCGUGGAUGUGAUGAAAGUUUGGUUCUCAUGACCUCCGCUCAGCUCUCCCUCUGUCCUGUUGGCUGUUUGUGCCUCCACCACACCUGCAGACAAAGAUUCAGUGAAUUAUAUGAACAUGAUAUGAAGGAGUUUUUGAGGCUCUCACAGCAGCAGUUUGUUUGCCCUCUUUCCUUCAUCGGGCACACACACACACACACACACACACACACACACACACACACACACAGAGAGAACAAUGGACACUUAUAGAAACAAGCAGCAAAGCCAGAAAACAGGAAAUUCCUCGAGAGUAAAACUCAGACUUGUGUGUGUGAAAUAAAAGCCGUGUUUGAGUGUAGGUGAGACGUACCGAGGAUGAGAGCGGGGAUGAGCAGGUUCAGGAUCAUGGUGCGGAGCGAGGAAGGGAUCAGCGCUAACCUAUGAGGCCGCUCGCUGACCUGAGGUGUCAUUAUGAGGCUGAAGGUCUGAGAGCAGAGCGCGUGAAGGAAGAGGCCCAGCCCUCUUUAUCUCAGCGCUGAUGACUCUCUGUGAUGGGUGUGUGUGUGUGUGUGAGAAAAUGUGCCUCCCAAACAAACUGAAGAAUCAACAGUCAGUUACGUUUAAAGUUUUUCAUGUUCAGAUUGAAUUAAAAAGAUAAUAAAAGAGUAAAAACACACCUGAGAUGAGAUGAUUUUAAAGGAUAAAAUAAUUCACAUGAUUAGAGGAAUAACUCCUCAGUCCAUGACCGUUUCUUAACGCCAAGCUGUGAACUGGUUUAAUUUACUGUUACUGUUAAAUGGGCGUUUUAACGUUGGUGUCAGUGGGACUUUAUGGUCUAUCCUGAAGUAGACAAACAAAGACCGGCACAGAUUUCUGCCCGUCUCUAAUAAUAUAUCGAAUUUUCUCUCAGGGAUAAAUUAAAAUUUUCUUGUCUUGGUGUAAAACAUUUUUACCAAACAGCACAAAGAAAUGCUUCUGUGAUCUAGCCGUGGCGUUGUCGUCAUGUGGCGUGUCCAGCAGGAAGUGCUUUUGGCCUCACUGCGCUGACAGCAGCAUUUAAAACCAGGCAGAACAACAACUUCACCCCCUCAAAAAAUCACCCAAGAGUAUAAAAACAUGUCACAAAACUCUUUUAAUAAAAUCCAAAACAUUUCCCCCGCAUGUUUAAGUUUCAUGUGUUGCAGAAUUAAAGUACAAACAAUUAAAUAAAUAAAAAAAUCACUGAUUCAGAAACAUUUGAUCAAACAGGAAAGUCAAAAUAUGUUUUUAUAAGAAGGUAUUGAAUCAGAUACAAAAACGUGUCAUUAAAAUAAUCAACACAAAAUACUACAUGAAAUAUGAGUUUAUUAAAUACUACACAUUCUGUAAAAGGAUAUUUAAAUCAACAUUGACAAAAAAAUAUUUCAUUAAAAACAAAAACUUUUUUUAAAAAAUUUGAUUAAAUAUUUUUGUAAUUUGAAGAAUAUUUUUGAGUUUUAAAAUGUGGUGAAAUGUUUGUACAGUUGUGUUUCAGGGUCAUUAUAGUUGGUAAUAAGUCAGAGUGGAGUAUUAGUUUCAGAGGACGGUCUUUCUGGUUCCUUUUAUUCACAUUUUUGAAUUGUUAUCACUGACAUACUGACAUUAUUUCCCCUCUUUGACUUCGUUUUAUUGGCUGUGUAAUCUGUGGAUGGAGGAUAAACUCUUUAGAGGACUGGGUCCCUAAAGUGGAUUUUAGCGUCUCUGGAAAAAUGACUUGAUUGGAUGUUCCUGCAGUACGAGAGCUGGAUGCUGUAAACCAGUGGUUCUCAACUGGUCUCACUCUGGGACCCACAUUUUCCCUUGGUCCUUCAGUCACGACCCUCUUUUAUAAAAUUCAAACCAAGAAAAUUGAUUUCUCAUAAAAAAAAAAAAAAACUCUAAAUACUGAAAUCUUUGAUACACCUAUUUUUAUUGGGUAAAGUGCAUUUACAGAACACAUGAACCGAGGAUGACAACUACUGAAGUUUCGUAUGCAGAAAAUAUCAAAUCACACAAAAUGGAGACCAGAAAAAUGAAAAAUUUGACUUAUUUGGAUCUCUGCAUUUAGAGCAUAUUCAGAAGAACCUGAGGAGGACAAAAGUGAAUAAAUAUGAAAUUAAAAAAAAUAAAAACCAAAAAAAGUUUCAUUUUACUGCAUUCAGGCCACAAUAAUAACCACGACAUAAUGCGUGCCUUUCAAAAGAAGCUGUUUUUCAAAAUAAAAGAUGUGUCAAACAUCAGGGGCGUAUAAAAUAUUUACUUUUUUGACCAGCUGUUUGCGAACCUUCCAGAACGUGUCCGCGACCCACUUUGGUGUCAGGACCCACCAGUUGAGAACCCCUGCUGUGAACAGAGUUAUUCCCCCUCUUUAGUUUUAAACUGAUUUAAAGAUCGACUUAGAAAAAUCCCAGCCUGCUCCUUUAGUUUCUUCUUGUUUAUCACAUGUAUGCUGUAGUUUGCAGUUUAGUUUUCUGUUUAUCAGUGACUCUUGUCAUGUCCUCUCUUACUCCUGAGGGUUUUUUUCUAACAUAAACACACGAUCACACACAAUACCAGGCUGAUACGUCUUCUCCUCGUCGUCGUCCUGAUGUGGGUGGUGAAGUGGGUAAAGGGAGUCGGCACGGUGUCGCUUCCUGCUCUUCCUCAGAUAGUUGGUGAAAACACUCUUAAGGGAUUUCCUCCUUCACUUAGUGGCAGGGAAUGUGGCUGCCGGACAGAGACAGGGUGGACUCAGGAAGCUGGUGCAGCAGGAAAGAUAACCAAAACCUUUAGACAGUGCAGUGAGACGGCUCACAGAGCUUUGACGCGUUAAUAAAGGAGGCAGGAAUGAUUCACUCACAAUACUCUCUGAAAUGUGAUUGUGAUGUGAGCCAACAAUCGUUGAUUUAUGUCGAUUUCAGAGGAAAAAUAAUAUAUCAGAGUAAGCGUGCUCGUGCCCUCUAACACCAACUACUAUAUGUUAAAGCAGCAGUUUCCUGUGCUUUGUGGGUUUUUUUUUUUUCAGCGUGCAGGAUGUCUGAGCUCUUUCUAAUGGCUUCGGUCUGCACCUCGGCUCACACACACACACACACACACAUACAGGAAACUGUUCUGGCUUUUAGGACUCUGCUGCACGUUUGAAAAGCUUUACGGACAGUUUUUGGAAACGAGAGGCACGAAUCCAGGCUGUGCUGAAACCACAUCAUAAAUCAGGGAUGAUUUCAAGAGGAUGCAGAACUAAAACAAGGAGAUGAAAAUCUAUAAAUCUGGUUUCAGGCUUUUUUUUCGGCUCUCACUUUCAUGUGAUGACUGAAAAUUUGUGCAUCAGCUUGUUAGAGGCUCUUAAAGUAUAUUUUUAUUCUAAGUGUGCAGAACUAACCCGAACAAACGUGCCUUACAUGAAGAUUUCUUUGUAACAGCAUGAAUACUCUGUUAGACCAUCAUCAGACUGCAAGUUAGGUAAGAAAAAAAAGUGUCAUAAAAAAUGUGAUCUCUGAGGAUGCAUCAAAACAAGUUCAUCUGCAGCUCCUAAAAUAGUUUACAUGUGAAAGAAAAGCACAAAGAAAAGCACAAAUCAGGAUACCGUACAAGUCUGCAUCAUGAUUUAUUAAACUCCGUCUUUUUUUAAAGUGACUCAUUUCUGAGGCAAGUAAACCAAAAUUUAAAUUCCAACAAGCUGAAUCAUCUCAGAGUUAGAAAAACUUAAAAAAAAGUCAAAAUUGAAGAAAAUUGAUUAAAUACGGCUAAACUUAGGACGACCGAGUUUGGUUUGCUGGAUCUGACAGUAGCAGAGCCACAAUCAUCGCAGGUUAGCCCGUUAGAGACUAAUUGGUAAUCGGCCAAAACUGUGUUAACGGUGAAGCACCAUGUAAUAUGAAGCUAAAGUUAGAGUUAAAGACUUUAUCUCAUUUAUAAAGUUAAAGUUGAAAAUGCUUUUCUGGUCCCAGUUUGAUCAGUCGGUCUUCUGUCGGCGUGAGCACAACAACACACAACGUUAUUUCCGACUUGUUUUGAGUCUUCAAUGAGCGCAUCAAAUCCUCUUGGACCCUCUUACCCAACACACACACACACACACACACACACACACACACACACACACACACACACACACACACACACACCGCCGCAGCUGAAAAAAAUUCUCGGGGAAACACUGCGACAUUUAAUUUUAUCUCCAUUUUGCAGAUCAAAAUACCGACAAAUGAUAAAUACUCAAGUUUUCGUCAUCUGUGCUUGUUUACAUCCAGGUAGUCCAGCUUUACAGCAUCAUGUCAGCAGCUUUUAACCGGAGGUACAGCUCUGUUUAUUUUAUCUCUGAGAACUCUGAGCUGUAUUUGCAUGAAACCACAUUUUUUCAGCGAUCUAGUUUUAGAGAAACUGGAGGAUAAAUUACAGACUUGUGAUCAUGAGUGAGUCAUAACAGGAGAGUGAGGGUAUGAAACUGAGACUCUGCGUCACUUUACCUGUUAGAUUCCCACACAUCAAACCGACACAGAGAACUAAAAUCUCCACACCUGCAGCACUGAGAUUAAAAACUGUCACUAUAUACUGAAUUUCCCCUCGCUGGACUCGUAAAAGAAUAUCUUACCUUAUCUUAGCUUAUAUAAAUGAGGUAAAACUGCAGCAAAAUCAUAGUAGAUUGAACUAAACUGAAGAAGACAGAGAGAAGAUAGAUAAUGUUGUAACUGUCUUUUGUAAAUUCUGUGUUAUUUGCAGCUUUAUUGGACUUAAUUGUCAAGUUUAGUAAAACAGAGCUUUAGUCUUGAUUUAAAUCAGAAUUUUGAACAAAAUCUUUGGAUAAAAAAAGUACAAAACUGGCUGACACUUUUCAUUUAACGCUUAUUAAUCAAGAAUUUAAACUUUUUUUGUCAAAUAGAAAACAAAACUUUUCUGUAAAAAAGUUUUAGUCAUACACACUCCCUCUGAGUUAAACCUCAGACAGCUGUCGGGGUUUGAACUCAGACUACAAAUACUAAAAUCAAAGAGGAUUUUCUCCUCAGGAGGUGAAAACAGCUUUUUAUUGAUUUAUAUCGCCAACACUCCAAUAACUGUUCUAGUGUCAGUGUUUCAGUUGUGCUGCAGAUUUAAAAAAAAAAAAACCUCUCACGCAGGUUUCAAUCCACCCUCCAGUGGUUAAACCGAGCAGCUGGGGGUUUGAGCUUUUCCUGAUCUGAAACAGAUUUUUUAAAAUUCUGGUCUGUGUUUGCGUUUCUGCCCAGAGUCUCUUUACACACCUUCUGAAAAUCACACAUUCAGUCAGACAAGAGAGAAAAGCUUUAAUCCACAGUUUACCUGCCUCUGCCUUUAUCUUCCUAACGUUUAUAAUGCUGUGGAUUUAUGAGCAAACUACACAUUGAAUAAAACUAAAAGUUAUUGUUUAAUUUGCUUAUUGAUUACAGUGAUUAAUCUUUUUAAAAAACACAUUAUGCUAACUUAUUAUGCUGUUCAAAGUUUUUACAUAGUGGUGAUCAACAUCGACCUACAGCCAAUAUUCAAGGCCAAUACCAGGAUGUUGUAGUUGUCCUAAAAAAUAUAUUUUUUUAUAAUCACUUCCAUGAUUCUUUGCACAUCAUAAUCUAAUAUCCUAGGUUUUCCGAGUCAGUGACAUGUUUCAGACAGAUCUCAACUUUAAUUUUAACGAACAGAUCAACUCUGUGUGGUUGUUUUCUCUUAAAUGUUCUUUAUAAAUAAAUAGGAAUGGAAUUAUUUUAUAUUUUUACUCAAAUUUUCUCUUUUUUUAAUGAUUUAAGAUGGUUAGACGGAUAUCCAAUGGCAAUGUUUAACUUGGAAAAAUAUUCCUCUGUCUACACUUAUUUAAUAAAUGUUCAUGUUUAGCAGCUUUAUUUCUCAUUAGUUGGUAUUUUUAAUUUUUAAAUGCAAAAUUAAAUAAAUAAAUAAAUCCAUUGUUUCCCCGAAAAAUUUUUGCAGCUGUGGCGGUGUGUGUGUGUGUGUGUUUGUGUGUGUGUGUGUGUGUGUGUGUGUGUGUGUGUGUGUGUGUGUGUGUGUGUGUUGGGGGGGUCGUUGUUACCCUCACUCUCUUGCCGCUCCAGCAGCUAUGCUGUUACAUUCAUGUUACGUUACACGCGAUACUCCCUAUACAGACCGUGUAUAAGCUUGAACGUUACCCUUCACAUUAGUGGAAGAGGGUCUGUCAGGAUUCGAUGUUGAUGACUCAAAACAAGUCGGAAAUAACACCGUGUGUUGUUGUUGUGCUCACACAGUGCGAGUAGAAAUCAUUAGUGCUGCAUUGAUAUUAUUGAACAUGUGAAAUUUCAGUAGUGGCGCCGCUGUUGAAUGAAUGUAGGGGAAACACUGCUGAUACAUAUGAGUCAGAGGUAGAACUAUGUGAGAUAAAAACUACUUUUAUUUAGCUGUGGCGGUGCGCCAUGAUCAGUUGCAUGUAGGGGAAACCCUGAAAUCAAAUAAAACCAAUAAAAACAUGAUGUAUAUCUGUUAACCUGCUCUCUCAUUAUCAGUAUCAGGGCCUGUAAAUCUCCGAUCAGUCGACGUCUGGCUCAGUGUGUUUUUCUGUUUUAUGAAUCAAUUCAGUAUCGGUUUUCUGGCCAAAACAAACGUGCUUGUUCGGUUGAAAUGUUAAAUUAUGGAUUUAUAAAAUACGAAAAAAUGAUGACGUGCUUAGCGGGCCUCCUCUGUAUCAGUAUCAUCAGUAUCGGCCAUUAAAAACCUGCUUUUGGUGUGUCAAAAUAGUCGUUACAAAGAACUUAGAAAACCGACGAAAAUGCAGGUUUGUUAUUUUGAAGAGGCAAAACAAAAAUGUGAAUCAUAGUCUGUCAACAAAAUGACUAAAUACAACAGUAACACCAACAAAGCACUGAGGCAGAAAAAACGUUCUUGAGCACAUUAAUAAUCUUAGAUUUAAUCUGCAGUUUAAGGAAACUGAUUUACUAAACUGAAGGUGUGAUAGAUGUAUUUUGUAGUUUUUAAAGGUGAGAUGAACACGUUUAAGAGAAGCUAAUCAUCCUUUAACCCUCCUGCCGCGUUCUCAGGCUGAUGAAGUUGAACAGUAGGUCAGCAGUUUCACAUCAUUCAGGGGAACCGCACUCAUAAACAACCCAAUCACAGGUGAACCACACGACUUAUUACAGCCUGUCAACAUCCCAGCCCCGCUGUCGACCUGACAAACACUUCUCAGAACAGAACCAGUUCAGGCUUUUAAAGUUUUUUUUAUUUUCUCUUAGUCUGGUACCGGUGCACAAAGCAAACAUUGUGGUUUAAUGCCGAGCUGUUUGCAGACAACAUGCAUGCAGUGUGAAUUAGUGUAUUAUUGUGGUACGAGUUUUAACCUGGUGUUGUGGUUGAAUUUGUGAGUUUCCUAUAAAGUUUGUUAUUUUGUCAGAGCAUAAGAAUAAGAUGCACAAGGGCGCAAUGGUGCAGUCGUAGGACUACCAGAUUUCCUCAGGGAUGGAUCAAAUAUUCUGGUUCUGGUUCUGAAUAUUUGUUUGUUUUAGUACAAACUUGCUGGCCUUCUGGGGCAUCUUUGGAUGGAUGCAAACUGCAUUUCAUUGCUCUGUACUUGUGACAUGUGCAAUGACAAUAAAGUUGAAUUCUAUUCUAUUCUAAUGGACUGAUUCAAUGAGCUGCUCUUAUUGGUUAAUUAAUAACGGUGUCCCACAAGGAUCUAAAUUAGGCUCCCUGCAAUUUUUGUUUUUUCAACAUUUAUGCACUUGAGUAAUUUCCUUCUCACUAACACAGUGUGUUUUUUUAUGCAGACGAUCAAUUCUUUUAUUAUCAAAUAUUAUCUAAUGUCUCUGUUCGUCAUUUCUGCUGACUGUUAAAUGUUGCGAUGUCUUCAGUUCUGAACUGGUUUUGUUUGUUUGUUCAUCGUUUGUUUACUUCAGGUAGAGACUCUAAAAGUAAACACACUGUGGUCCUGUUCGUCACGUGUUCGUGUGCCCACACUUACGAGCGGAAAAAACACUCUGCAAUAAUCUAUCUCGCUGCAGUAUCUGUGUCGCUGGCGGUGAGGCGCAGGGCUACAUGUUUACAUCUUAAAGUCGUGUGUCACAUGGUCGUUCUCUCUUAUAGUGAAGAGUCUGCAUUAAAAUGAUAUGAAUUAGUCCUGGACAAUAAGGAGGCGGUGAGAGAGUGACGCUGCUACACUCAGGCUUUUGUUGAUUCUCACCGGGAGCCGAUCGAACGGGACAAACGUUUCAGUUUGAUCGUUUUAUUUUAACCGUUCAUGUUCAGGGACUGAGUUUAGUUUCUUGAACUUCUUGAAAGCUACAGAUCCACAUUAGAAAAUGACUAGUUUAAUCUAAAAUAAGAGCUGCUGUGACUCUAAAGAUAUUUUAAUAACCUUUUUUUAUAAAUGUGCUCACAGUCUCUCCAUCAGCUUUGUAUUUUCGCCCCCCUCAGUGGAUCUGAUGCUCUGCAGUGUGUGGAGCUCUAACACGCUCUAACUUCAGUGUAACCUCAAAGAUGUCAAAGAGAGGUUGUGAACGUUUCAGCACCAUCACAGGACACACCCUGCUGUGCUUUUGCACGUGUUUGUCCAGCUGUUGAACCCUCACAAGGCUUCACGCACGUUUCUCAGUCCGUGUCCUUUUGUUUGAGACUGUCUUGUUAUUUUGAAACAGAUUAUUUCUGGUCGUUCAGCCAAUAAAAACGAGGAUUGUCGUGAUAUUGAUCAGGGAUAAUCUCGAGCGGUGCUGCAACUCUUCGUACGUUGUGGUUGCAGAAAUGAUGAGAUAAUUUUCAGUCGAGUAGCAUUUUGCCAAUCGUGAUGAUAAUGAUGCCCAAACUUUCUAGGUCAGAUCUGACUAUAAGAAAGACUUUAUCUCAUUUAUAAGAAAGCUGAAGUUUCAUGCUCACAUCCUGUACCCACUCCUGGUGAUAAAGGAAAAAACACAGGGGUAUGGUAAGGUCAGCAGAGCUCAGAGCGGGUUUCAUUGGUUGGGAGUGGUUAUGUUUUUUACCCUCAGAGUGGUUUUUUUUUAAGAGUGCCAGCCUCUUGAAAUCUGUGUCACAGACUCAAAGACACCAGAGGAGGAUCAGGACAUGCUGAACACCUCAAACAGCUCAGGUAAGAUCACUUUAGGAGGAUCGAGAAAGAUUUUUAAUACAGAUUUAAAUCUCUAAAAAACAGGAUUUAAUGUUUUUACGUGAGUGGAUGAAAAAGGGGCAUUAACAAACUUUAAUAUGAGAAAUACAUCAUGUCCUACAAACUCCCCGAAAAUAUGUUUCUUCAAUACUUUAAACCGUUUUAUUCUGUUUAGAUCAUUAGAGUGACUUCUUAACUGAAUCUGAGGGAACGACGUGCGCUGUGGUUUUUGGUUUUAUGACUCAGAUUCACAAGUUUGAUGAAUCUUUGUAUUUUUAACAGGAUUAUGUCAUCUGCACAAAAACUUAUCAACAGGUUAAUUAAAAUAUCUAAUAUCUCCUGUGGUUUUCACUUUUCAUACUCAGAAAUAGAUCUCAGUAUCGGGCAAAGUGAGAAAAUCAUGAAAUGUUAAUUAAAAAAUGUCCAAAUUAAUAAGAAACAGAAAAGGAUUGAUGUAAAUUAAACUGAACAUGCUGGUUAAAAAACUUUUUCAAACUUUCUAGGAAAAAAGGUUAGUGUGUGUUUGUCCCCCCGCCACUCAAAAUAUUGCUGUUGACCCUUUACAAGAAAAGCAGAAAUGAAUCAGGAGCGACAUGUGACACCUGUCAUCUCAAAACCGCUCAUGGGUUCGCACACGCCAGAACCCUGACGGUCGGUGUGUCUCAUACAGCGGAGGAAAAUAACCUAAUUUCUGUGAUGUUGCCACAUAUUUUGCAAAGGUCAGCUGUGACAAAAGGACACUGAGGGGAAGUGCUGCAGUGGAAACGAUGUACAGUAGAACUCAAAGUGAUUUAUUUCAUAUCUGAUCUGACUGAAAUCUCGCCCUGAUGAGAAAGAAUAAACCUGCGAGUGAAAGUGACUUAAAACUUUACUAAAAUCAGUUAAACAACAACCAGUUAGGCAAAAAAAAAAUCAGAAACAAACUGUUUAGAUAUUCAGGAAGCCUUAGUGGGUGCAUAGUCACAUGUAUGAAUUUGUAUUAAACGAGGACAAAUUUGUGAUUUGUUUCCACGGCUACAAAUCUGCUCCCACAGACUUAAAACUGGGUGAACAGUUUACAAACUGAUGCACAUGGGUCACAAAUCAUAUCCUACAAAUGAAAGAAUCUGUCCCCAUAAUUUCAAGUCCUACACACGAAUAAAGAGCCGUACACACAGAUUUGCACACUUCUUAUUUUUGACACGGCACCCACAAAUUUAAGUCCUCGUCUUCAAGCAAAAAAAGCUUUCUCUACAGAGCAAAGAAAAGUGAUUUUUCAGCAAAGAUUUCCUAACAAAAGGACCUCUAAUGGAAUAAUAAUUUUCCAUGUAAAAGUUCCAUGUCAUAUUUAAGUUAAAUGAGGUACCAGGUGAGCUUGGCGGUAAGCCAUGAAUCCAGAAGCUGUAGUCCGUGUUGCAGAGGUAAUUAGCUCAGUUUCCAGCCUCAGCCCAUUAAUAAUAAUUAUAAUAAUAAUAAUAAUAAUAAUAAUAAUAAUAAUAAUAAUAAUAAUGCAUCAGAUUUCAUAUAGCGCUCUAUCAGAGACCCUCAAAGCGCUUUACAUUGGAUCCAUCAUUCAUUCAUCCACUCACACAGUCACACUUUGGUGGUGGUAAACUACCUUCGUAGUCACAGCUGCUCUCAGGCAGACUGACGGAAACGUGGCUGCCAUUUUGCGCCUACGGCCUCUCCGACCACCCCCACACAACACUCACAAUCACACACCAGUGGAGGACACACACUGGGAGCAAGGUGGGUUAAGUGUCUUACCCAAGGACACAACAGACAGACUGGAUAGAGGCGUGUUAGUGACUCCUGACUGACUUUUCCCUCGACCUUUUCUAUCUCAGCUGUCCAAUCUGAAAACACCACAUAGACCCCCCAGGGCAAUUUAUAUCAAGUAUAAAAUAAAUAGAAAGUUAAUAAAAAAUAAAAAGUGCACAAGAUUUGAUUCCAGUUUGACCAGAGUUAGUUAUAAUUAAAAAAAGAGAAAUAGUUGAGAAAUUUGAGUUUUUGAAUCCGUUGCAAAAAAUAUACACGCCAAACUGAGUGAAUUUAACUUAGACUCUAAUUUAAACUGCAAUAAAUAAACAGCUUGAUGUAAUUUGAACACAAUUUUUCACUUUUUGAAACAUAAAUAAAUUGAAGAUUAUUCAAUCAUUGUCACUAACCGUAUCAGGUUGUCAAUUAUUAUUAAUUGUUAAAUUUAGAUUUAACCGUAUCGAAGUUUUUUGCGCCAGAUAAAAUAAAUAAAAUAAAAAUUAAAAAGUGUUAAAAGUAGAUUUAUAAAAGCUCUACACCUUUAGUUUAAAAAAAACAUUCAUCAAAGUUUUAAUGUUGCGGUGAGUCAUAAAGACUUCCUAAAAUUGUGUCUUUGCAUGUCUGACACUCACACUCACACUCACACACACACACACACACACACACACACACACACACACACAUAUUGUUGACAGGAAAUAUCUUAAAGUGACUGAUGAGUCAGACUCAGAGCAGAUUAGAGCCGCUGACGGUAGGCUUGGCAGUGCCAGUGACAUAAAAAAAGAAUAAAUGAUCAGAACAAAUGAAUUAAAAUAAGAGCAGGCUGAGAACCGAACCAGGUGGAACUCCAUUAUUGAUUUGAAGCAGCAGGUUUAGAGGAAGUUUCAGGUUACAGUUUCUAAGUUUGACUCUCUUUGUUAGUGUGAUGUUGUAAAAGAAGCUUCAUAUAACUACGGCUGUCAAACAGAGAAAAAAAUCAGCUCAGAGAUCGAAUAGGUUCAAUAAAAGCUGCUGCUCUGUAAACUACGAUCAUAAAAUGACUUUUUAUGUUCGAUGUCUUCCCGUCUCAAACCCCUUAUGUCGAAGUUUGUCAGUCUGGAAAUCUGUAAGUUAUAAAGAAGUCAGACUAACAAGCCGAACACAGAACUGCUUCACAGAACUUCUGUGUUCAGCUGCUGUGGUCCGAAUCGUCUGAUUUUAAAAUUAAUGCAGUAUUUUUGUGUUUUAAACUGUAUAACCUUACUUCUAACGCCAACUGUAACAAAGUAUUUGAUAACACCGUUCAUUGGAAGGAUUUACAGAAGCUUUUAGUCAUACAUCUUCACUGUUUGUGGUGAAAACUCUUUCUCUAAAUGUGAAGUUUACAGUUUAAAACGUCAGACAGUCACUCCUAACUCGCUCUUCAUUUGUAGGAUUUCCAUAAAACACCCCCCUCUGAUGCUCUGAUGUUCCUCUUACCUUAGUGUCCGAGUCCACCAAAAAUCCAGUUUAAUAGCCUGAUUACACGGAGCACAGACUUGUCAGUGUCUCACAGUAAAGUGGUAAAUGAUGAUUGUGGAAACUGCUUUUAAGGACUGCUGGCACGCGACACUGACUGAUCUGUAAACCUCGAUGCUACCCACCAUUUCCCCUGUGCCAACGACCUGAGGCCGGUGUCACGCAACCUGCUUCAAAAUGACUCAAAUAUGACAGCUGCUUACUAAACUGAAGAACGGGGCUGCUCGUCUCUCACUUUCAGCCUGAAGGUGGAGGAGUCGGUGUUUCCAGAUAUCCUGUUUUAUACAGUAGUAACACUGCAUGUUUGAGACGAUAUUUAGUCGACACAUUGGUUUCUAGAUUCAUAGUAUUAAGUCUGUCAUGCAGAGUCUAACUGUUUAAUAACACAGAUGAAGUAAGAGUCAUUUUACUCUUAAUGUCACAGGACUACACACUCUUUUGUAGUUUUAAGACUAAUCUGAUAACUGACUCCAUUUGUUCGCAGAUAUGAACAAAAUCCAGACCUACGAGUUUGUAUCAGUGAAGAAUUCUGCUUAUCAUAAUCAGAAAUUAUUUUUUAAAUUUUAUUUUAUUUUUUCGAACAUGUGUGUGCAACACAAGAAAGUAAACUGAAAACAAACAAUCAAACAAAACCGAUGAGAAUAUUCAAAACAUCAAAAACAACAAUCAAAGCAAAAAAAUAAAGAAGUAAAAUAAAUACUAGUAAUAAUAAUGUGAACCCAAAAUGUCCGAAAAGGAGUAGGAUGAAGCGUUAUGCUUAUUUAAACCAUAGACUUAAUGGACGCCGUCUGCCUCCUCACUGGGUGAGGCCACUCAGAGAACAGCACCCUCUGGUGACGGGCUGCAGUAUAGGUCAUAAAUCCCGCCUCCUUAUGGGGUUUAAAAAUUAAUGACAGAACAUAAAUGUUUCUCCCCCCUGGUUGUGAUGUUGACAUGUAGUUACUGUCAGACUGGUUUGUGCUCAAGUCCUCUUUUUUUCUGUACAGCUCCGUUUUUAAAAGUUAUCAGGGGGGUUCAUGUUUACGAAGACUGCGUAGCUCACCUGGGGGAUACGCUGUCUGAGCCGAGCAUCAUCACAGCGACUCUCGCGCAGAAUGCGUACAACGCUACUGCGCAAUGUUGGUUUCAGGAAAUGAAGAAAGAUCGCAGAAAUACCGAGUACUUUUCGCUUCAAAUCCGUAUACUGGCGGAGGGCGGAACCAAGUCAUCCAGAGUAAAUACAGUCUAUGAUUUAAACCUACACCUUCUCCACUACUCAGUUAACAGUCAGUUUCUCCAACAUAUUAACAUAAUAUGUACAAAAAAUAGAAAAUGAAUAGAGUAAAUAAACAAAUUUUAAUUCAUGUUGUCAACUUGUGGCUGAUACCUUUUAAAAAAGAUGAAUAUAAAACAUAUUUGGUAAAAUGAUUUGACAAUAAGAAGAUUAAAACUGCAGAUGAGGUUGUUUAAGAUUAUCACAGUACUGGUUGCUCAAUGUUGUGGCUUUGUAGACGCAUGGCAACUUCCCUCUGACUGACUUAUCAGUGAGUCUCCAGCCUGUUUAUAUAACUGUUUAUCCUCCAGAUGAAAGAAAAGCCCCGUGUCUACUUCUUCUUUUACGCCAAAUGAUUCUCACUCUUUGUUUUCCUCAGCAGCGAUGGAUUACAUCUCUGACUUCAUUGACGACGAAGACGAUGACUAUGAUUACUCUAACUACUCUCAGGGGAAUUUAACCAACGCCUCUGACUACGACCUUUCCUCUUACUGGUGUAUGGCGGACGCUGAGCAGGAGUUCAUCAUCAAAACCUUCCAGACGUGUGUUUUCUGUCUUAUCUUCCCGCUGGGCUUCAUGGGAAACGGCCUGGUGAUGGCCACCUAUGCCCACUACCGCCGUUUUCACCAUCGGUCCAUGACCGACAUCUUCCUGUUUAACCUGGCGAUGGCUGACCUCCUCCUGCUCCUCACGCUCCCUCUACAGGCGGUCUACACUCACCUGGGCUGGAUCUUCCCCAUUUUCCUCUGCAAGGCCAUGCGCGCCUGUUAUGCUAUCAAUACGUACAGCGGCCUCCUGUUGCUAGCCUGCAUCAGCGUUGACCGCUACAUGGUGGUGGCUUGGGCGCAGGAUGUUCUCAGGCUGCGCAGUAAGAUUUUAAGAGGAGGAAAAGUCGCCGCUGGAGGCGUCUGGAUCGCAGCGGGACUCCUCAGCCUGCCUGAGAUCAUCUACUCUGGAGUGUUGGGGUCUGAGGGUGACUACUACUGCGGCAUGAUCAACAGUGGAGGAGUCAAGAUGGCGACCAACGGCACCAUCAUCGCCGUUUUCUGCCUGUCCUUCUUUGUCAUGGUCACCUGCUACUCCCUGAUCGCUCACGUGCUGUGGGAGGGGCACGCACAUCGGCGAGGGAAACAGUGGCCUCGUCAGCGCACUCUGAAGCUGAUGGUCGCUCUGGUGCUGGUGUUCCUGGUGUUCCAGCUGCCGUACACGGUGGUGCUCUCUCAGAAGAUGUCGGGUCAGUUCUGCGGCCUCCUGCUGGAGUACAUCACCUGCACGUUGGCGUACACCCGCUGCUGCCUCAACCCCGUCCUGUACGCCUUGGUGGGCGUGCGCUUCCGCAAAGACGUGAUGAGGCUCCUUCAAGAUACGUGCUGCCGCUGUGGGUUCCAGCUGGUGCCGCAGACCGUCAGCUCCACCUCCAUGUCCCCCUCUUUACCUGUGCUCACAGUUUGCUCUCCAACUUCUCCUGAACGCAGUUACCAGAGCGACGACAAGUUUCACUUUCCAGGAUCCAAAUAAAUUUUACAACAAACCAAAAACUUUGAAAUGCUUUUGCACGUACUCUAUUUACUUUUAAAAGUUUUAUCUAAAAAUGUAAGCAAUAAAGUCUCUCAGACAGGCAGUAAAAAUCGGACAGUAGUUUUGGUCGUCUUCAGGCUCAGGGUGGGAAACUGAAGCGCUGCUGUGCUGCUGAACCUCAGGUUGUAAAUAUUAAUAAAGGUUAGUCGACAGUAAAUGUUAUUUCAACAAGUUAAAUAAGACAAUUCUGUGAGUAUCUUCAUCGUCACACGCUCUGUAUGUACAGAGGCGGACCCUCGCUGGGCAGUUUAUGUGGAUGUACCUUUAAGACGCAUCAUUAUGUGUCUCAUGGGAGCGUUUCAGGCUCAGUUAUGCACCGACUUGCUGGUUUACACAGGCUGAAUGUGUUUGUAAGUGGCUUUUACUGCUUUAAAAAGCUGUUUUUACUCAUGCUGCAUCAGUGUCGAUCUGGACCGGCAUAAGAAGACCCCCUUUGCGUGAAGUCGAGCCCUGCAUGUCAUUUUAAAGAAGUGUUUAACGCUGCAGAAAGUGUUACCGUGAUUUAGGUUCAUCGGUGCAAAUCUGAUUUUUGCGAUCUUUGAACCACAGACCCUCGGCUGUGCAGUGUGCGAUCCUGGUUGCUAAAUUAAAUGGUUCUCAUGACUUCGUUUAUAUGUUGCUGUAGAUGUCUGACAUAUUCAUAGGAGACAGGGUUACCCACUGAAGGCGUGGUUUGUUGCUGCAUUCAAGUCAAGUUAUUUUGACACGCUUAACACUUGUUCGGACAAGGAAAGCGCUAAAAUAACUUUCGUAGAUGUAGCCAUCUUGUUUCCGCCUCUGAUUUUGCUUUUUUCCGACUUGGUAACUGAAAUGCUGGUCACUCAGGUGUGACGCCAUUUCGAAAAAUCGGAAUUGUGCAUCAUAACCUGCAGUGUGAACGUAGUUUUUCUUUCUCUGCGCUUUGCUGACCUGCCCACAGGAAGCACACCUCCUUAUAUGGUGCUCACUGUCUCUUCAUGGGCGGGGAUUAAAGCCGAUUGCAGUUCAUGAUUGAUUGGCGUUUCGUGAAGAUACAAAUGUUUCGUGUUCUUGAAUCCGGUUUUUAGUACCGAGGACUUUUAAGUAGCGAUGUAUGGAUUUAGUAAGGUGUCGUUUUAUUUUGAAAAACUAACCUGAUUUCUCUCUGGAGUUUUUUGUCUUUUCAGUUGCUGAUCUGUCUUAAAGUUAGUGUAGUUUAAACUCAGGUGGUUAUUGUAAAGGUACAUUUCGUCUUAAAGCACCAAACUCCACUGAGGGUUUCAUUUAUAAAGCAGUAGUGUUCGGUGGUUUUAUCAUUUUUCUCUAAAAGGAGGAAGUAUCGUCUGUUUCUGGGUUGUUCAAAGUCGUUUCACCUUCCUGUCAAACGUUCACGGUACGUUCUGUACAUCUUGUGCUCUUUACAUUUUUCUGCUUAUGAUUCAAUAAAGUCGCUCUUUUUCUUUCAGCCGUCAUGAGUUUUUUUGUUUUAACACUUUGUUGUCGACACACUUCAUCUGUUGCUCAAAAAGUCUUGAGGUUUUGGUCACACUGUUUGUUUGGUCUGGGGUUUUUCUUCUCAGCCAUCAGGUGACAAAAGCAGUCGGU